AAAUGAUGGGUCUGUUUUCAUGGCUCUACCCUCUCAUCAUUCUCUUCUUUUUCUUCUUUGUUACUUCUUUGUCUUCUCCUUCUCCACCUCCAUUGUGCCAUCCCCAUGAAAGCUCUGCUUUGCUCCACUUUAAGAACUCUUUCACCUUAUAUAACGAUACAUUGUUCUCUAUAGAGUUUCGUAGGAUUAAUAAUCCUAAUAAUACAAUUUCAUGGAACAAAAAUAUGGAUUGCUGCAGAUGGAGUGGAGUCACAUGUGAUGAGGUCACAGCUCAUGUCAUCCGUCUUGACCUUAAAUGCAGUGGCCUUCAAGGUUUCACUGGCCAUGCCCCUCUCGAAUUGUCUCACUUGUCCAACUUGGUUACACUUGACUUGAGUAGGAAUUAUGAUUUGAAACUAGAGACAUCUAGCUGGAAAAGAACUGUAGCAAACCUAACAAAUCUCAAAGAAUUGUUUCUUAGAUCUGUGAAUAUGUCUUCUACUUCACCUGAUUCCUUUAUGAAUCUGUCAACUUCUUUGACAUCUCUUGAUCUUAGUAGGAGUCAAUUGCAGGGGAAACUUCCAGAAAAUGUUCUCAAUUUGCCAAACCUUCAACAACUUGAUUUGAGUUACAACUCAUAUCUCAAUGGUUCUUUUCCACAAUAUAAUUGGAGCAGCCCACUUAAAGUAUUGAAUCUUUCUCAAUCUGGAGUCGUGGUAGAUCCUUACCUUUGUCGAAGGUUUAAGUAUUUGCAAGUUUUGUCUCUCUAUGAAUCCAAUUUCAUACGACUAUCUCCCACGUUGCUUGACAACUGCACACAAAUCACUUUCUUAGACCUUUCUUCCAAUAAUUUUGAUGGUUAUUUCCCAUGGUCAUCCAUUUUAAAUCUACAACAACUAACCCUUUUAGAUCUUCGAGAGAAUAAUUUCAUAGGCCCAAUUCCAGAAAUUUGUAGUAACUCAACAAAAAAUUAAUUUUUGUGUGUCUCUUCAAAACAUCAAUUUGUGAGUUAUCCUCCAUUGAAUU